AUGGCGAAUGGCGAAUGGCGAAUGGCGAACGGGGCCGAAGUCGAGGCGUGUGUCUCGACGUGUGCUUGCCUGAAAGUGCAUCUGCAAGAAGUACAGGCCUCGGUAAAACUCGACGACCGAGACGAGUCGACUGCCGCAGUCGGUGAGCGCCGUGGCCAGGUCGACCUCGUCGGGCACGUCGAUGACGUCGACGUCGACGUCGACGCCGACGUCAACGUCUACGCUGCGGCCGUGAAGAGCGUGUUGCAGAGCGUCCUGAGCGGAAAGCAUCGGCGGCGUGAUUGCGAAGAGUUGCGGGCAAAACGCGGUUGGUCUGCGACUGGCGCCAGACUCGGCGGGACGGCGAGGCGUCGCCGUUCGCCGCAGCCGCGUCUCCACGAACCUGCUCAGCUCGCCGUUGCGCGUCGCCUUUCGACGCGCCUCCGCCUCGAGGCCGGCCAACUGGCGGCGCAGUUGGUGCAGGCCGGCUCGACUCUGCGCCAACUGGAGCACGACGAGGCUGCGCGCAAAGCUGCGUCGGCAGAUGAGCAGAUGCUGUCGGUACCGUUCGAGCGUGUCGAAGGCGCCCAUCAGCGCGUCCUUCGUCUGCAACAGCAGCCGCAGACUGCCGCGGAUCGCCGGCGGGUAGUCGACCACCGGCAGGCUCAGGUUGCUCGCCGUCGAGACCAUAUUGGACACGGGAUUCGCCAGUUGCCGUGGCGGUUGCGGUUGCGGUUGCGGUUGUGGUUGUGGUUGCGGUUGUGGUUGUGGUUGUGGUUGCGGUUGGCUGGCGAGUGGCGCUCUCAGUCAAGCCGGUCCGGCGAGCGAAACAUUGGAAAGGAGCAGCGCAAGUGGCGCCGAAGUCGUGGAGCAAGUGUCGCAGACGGCUUUCUUUGA